UAGAAAAUACACUCUUGCGAUUUUACCUGAACCGAAGAAGAGUAUGGAAUUGGGAUUAUGUGGCGAGGAUUAUGGCCCUUAACUUUCUUUCUUCUUUGCGAGCCUGACUGGAAGUGAGCAUGGAGUGUGGUGGCCUAUCAACAGUGACGAUCCCUUCGUUUUCUUGUUCAGGAACUUCGAAAGCACAGGGUGUGUCAUUUGUUACCAGAAAAUUACACAGGUCGUGCUCUCAUCCACUGGUCUUGCCUAAUCCACUUCCAGGCUCCUUUCUCCCACAUAAAUCUCAUCUGUAUUAUUACCAGAAUAAGUCGACGUUUUCCUCAAGAAUCUCUCGCAGCUUCAUUUUCUCACAAUCUGGAAAGCAAAGUUGGGAUAUAGGUAGAUUCUUGAAAACAUUGUACUUCUACAACGGUCCUCCCUCACCUGCAAAGUUCUUUGAAUUUUUGGUUGAGAAACUAUCUGGCCCGUCACCUAGUGAAGCAGCAAAAGAAAUGGCAACAGAUGGGAUAAUACUAGUGGCCGGAGCUACUGGCGGCGUUGGAAGAAGGGUGGUGGAUCUUUUGCGAAGGAAAGGGUCGGCAGUACGAGUUUUGGUUAGAAAUGAAGAGAAAGCAAGAAGUAUGCUGGGUCAAGAUGUUGAUUUGGUUGUUGGCGAUAUUACAAAAGCGAGCACCUUGUUACCUGAAUACUUUAAAGGAGUACGAAAGGUGAUCAAUGCUGCAUCAGUCAUUGUUGGACCAAAGGAAGGCGACACUCCAGAUAGAGCUAAAUAUAGCCAAGGAAUCAGAUUUUUUGAACCUGAGAUUAAAGGUGAUUCCCCUGAAAUGGUGGAGUUCAUUGGAAUGAAAAAUAUGAUCAAUGCUGUUAAAGAUACGGUUGGACUUGAGAGUGGUAAACUGUUGUUUGGAUUUGAAGGUAAUUUGUCUAGAGAUCUUCCUUGGGGCGCUCUGGAUGAUGUCGUCAUGGGAGGAGUGAGUGAGAGCACUUUUCAGAUAGAUCCCAGCGGUGGCGAAAAUGAUAAACCCACAGGAGUUUUCCGAGGAGUUGUUUCGACUGCAAAUAAUGGAGGUUUCGCUAGUAUUAGGACAAAGAAUUUUUCUACACCUGAGGAUCUAUCUGCAUAUGAUGGUCUUGAGUUACGUGUUAAAGGUGAUGGUCGUCGCUAUAAACUCAUUGUUCGUACCAGCCGCGAAUGGGACACUGUUGGGUAUACAGUUGGAUUCGAUACAGUGAAGGAUCAAUGGCAAACGAUUCGCUUACCUUUCUCUUCUUUGAGCCCUGUAUUUCGAGCAAGAACCGUGCCAGAUGCGCCACCGUUUAAUCCUAGCGAAAUUGUAUCAUUCCAGCUCAUGUUUAGCAAGUUCGAGUACGAUGGAAAGCUAAACCCAACUUUUGUCGAGGGUCCAUUUCAGCUUCCUGUAUCAACCGUCCGAGCAUACUUGAAGGAGCCGAUCACUCCCAGGUUCGUGCACGUAGGCUCAGCCGGUGUCACCAGGCCCGAUAGGCCGGGGCUUGAUCUAAGCAAGCAGCCUCCAGCCGUUCGAAUGAACAAGGAAUUGGGCUUCAUUCUCACAUACAAGUUGAAGGGGGAGGAUGUGCUCCGGGAGAGCGGGGUACCUUAUACGAUUGUCAGGCCAUGUGCAUUAACUGAGGAACCGGCCGGAGCUGAUCUGAUCUUCGAUCAAGGGGACAAUAUCACAGGUAAGAUUUCCAGGGAGGAGAUUGCGCGAAUAUGCAUUGCUGCACUAGACAGUCCUUACGCUCGCGGCAAGACAUUCGAGGUUAAGAGUGUCAUUCCUUUCAGCGAACCGUAUACGAUCGACCCGGAAAAUCCUCCUCCUGAAAAAGAUUACGACGCCUACUUCAAAACUCUGAAGGAUGGCGUUACAGGGAAAGAGAGCUUAGAACAAGAGCCUGUUCCUGUCUGAAAUUUGACAUGGUGAGCUGAUCUUAGCAGCAGUCUUUACUCUUUUGUAUAUCGAUAAGUUCUCUUAUCUUUUGUUGUUGUAAGUUUAAUCUUUCUUUUGAGAAAGAAUGAGUAAAGGUUGCAUCCAUGAUAAGGAAGAAAGUUGGAAGCUUUACAAUGGGAUCAUAGUAUGAAAGGAGAUAGUAAAUAUAUGUUCAUUUGAAAUAGAUAUGAAUUUUUUAAUGUAUAUAUAAAUUGUGGCGUGUGUAAGAAUA